AAAAUCUGUACACACUGAGCAUUCGUUGUUUCAACCCCAAUUAUGGCGGCGACGGCGGCAACGGGAGGCAGCAUUCGCCUUCUCCAUCCUCGCCUGCGGCCGAGGAACCUCCGGAGAGCCGCUCGUCAGCUUUCGACACUCGCGGCCUCCUUACCCAUUCAAGAUGCGGAUGAGCUCCCAACGGCAGCCGCAGCCCCCAAACCUCGCUCGGGCACGGACAAUAAAACGGCGUCCUAUUAUCCUAAGCGAGGCCAGACUGUGGAACUCGUCUGCGAGAGCCUAGCCUUCAAGGGCAAGGGCUUGUGCAAGGUCGCGGACACCGGCUACGUCGUCAUGUGCGACCGCGCGUUGCCCGGAGAAAGGUUCGUCGGGCGCGUGACUCGGAAGAAGGAUAACUACGUAGAGGUGAAGAAAGUGAAGACAAUAAGCCCACAUUGGGACUAUGUGGAGGCACCUUGUGAGUUUGCUUCCCACUGUGGCGGUUGUAAGACACAGAAUCUGUUGUACGAAGCUCAGGUUAGGGCAAAGGAGCAGCAGGUGAAGGAGCUGAUUGUACGUGUCGGAAAGUUUUCGUACAAAGAGCUCGGAUGCAAUGACAUUAUGAAGCCUAUUGUUCCUUGUGAUAUCCAGUUUCAUUACCGGAACAAGAUGGAGUUCUCGUUCGGGACCAAAAGUUGGGUGCGGGAAGAACUUCUGCAAGAAGAGUGUGACGAAACCAACAAAUAUUCUUUGGGAUUGCAUGCUCCCGGGUUUUUCGACAAGGUUCUGAAUGUGAAUAAGUGCUUGUUACAGAGCGAUCCAGCAAACAAGGUCCUUGCAGCUUUUCAAGACUUUUGGAGGGACCCAGAACUCGGGCUGUCUCCAUAUGAUGUGCACUCCCAUCGUGGGUUCUUGAAGCAUCUGAUGCUUAGAACGGGCAGGAAUGUUGAGACUGGCCAACCUGAGCUAAUGGUUAACUUUGUGACUUCGUCAUACAAGCCAGAAUUGCUGAAGCCCAUUGUAGAGAAAAUCGCGACUUUUCCUGAUGUCGUAAGCAUCAUGAACAAUGUAAAUACGUCUGUGGGCAACACGUCUGUUGGGGAGGAUGAGUACACACUAUUUGGUAAACCAACUAUUACAGAGUGCCUUAGGGGGUUGAAAUUUCAAAUAUCGGCCAACUCUUUCUUCCAGACAAAUACACAACAGGCAGAGGUUCUUUACAAAUUAAUCGAGGAUUGCUCUUGUCUUAAAGGAGACGAGUCAGAAAUAGUUCUUGAUCUCUUUUGUGGGACAGGGACCAUCGGCCUCUCACUUGCCAAAAGGGUGAAACAUGUGUAUGGCUUCGAGAUAGUCAAUCAAGCCAUUUCAGAUGCACGCCGUAAUGCGAACCUUAAUGGCAUAUCUAAUGCUACCUUCGUCCAAGGGGAUCUUAACAAAAUUGGGGAGAAUUUCGGAGAAUAUUUUCCUAAGCCUGAUCUUGUUAUCACAGAUCCUAAUCGUCCUGGCAUGCACAUAAAAUUAAUCAAGUUCUUGCUGAAACUAAAGGCACAGCGUAUUGUAUACGUAUCGUGUAAUCCUGCUACAUGUGCUCGUGAUCUCGAUUACCUCUGUCACGGUGUGCCUGAGAAGAAUAUCGAAGGGUGUUAUGAGCUGAAAAGCGUUCAGCCAGUUGAUAUGUUCCCACACACGCCUCACAUUGAGUGUGUUUGCCUGUUGGAGCUCAAAGGCUCGAGUAGUUGUUGAAUAUAGAGACGAUCGGUGUAAGUUUUUGCUGUGUAAACUUGACACUUAUUUAUUGAGCAAAUAUCUAUCUUUGAGGCUUAUGCUGUUGCUUCUCUCUCUCUUUCUCUCUUUUAUCUUUUCCAGUUUGUUUUGGUCUGAUCUUUGGAGCAAUUGCUUUGCUCUAUUUAUGGAUUGUAUGGAAACUGGCUUUUAUUGCUGCAUAGGCCCGAGUGUAGUUGAAAAUUAAUCAACUUAUUUUAUUUA